AUGGCCCAACAUGCAUAUUAUCCACAAUCGGCAACACCCAACCAUGAGUAUUAUUCACCACAAAGUGUGCCGAUGGGCUCCAUACCAGGCCACGAAGCUGCGCCUACGAUCCUGCCCCAGAAUGUACCGGUGCCGGUCACCUCUCCGAUACAUAUGACACACGCGCAACACCCACAACACCACCCUCACCCGCAUCAGCAACAGCAGCAACAUCACCAGCAGCAGCAGCAGCAGCAGCAGCAACAACAGCAAUACAUGCAAAUGAUGCAACAGCAGCAACAACAGCGUUACGACCAGAACCCCCGCACAAACUACGUCCCAGCAACGUAUGAUCAACCGGCUUUCCAAGGUCAGCCGCAGCAGCAGCCGCAGCAGCAACAACAGCAGCAGAUGCCCCCUGAGCAGCCAAUGAUGGUUUCAUACCAUCCAAACUAUGCGUACAAACCCCCAGGCCCCCGGAUGUUGAAUCAAGCGGAGGGGACUGACUGGGGCUUUCUGGGAGUAGGCUAA